AUGAAAUCUCGUGCUCUGCGUCAAGCCGCUCUGCGGAGGGCUACCCUUUCAAGGCCAUGUACGACACCCCGUGCUAUUCGAUCGGCCAGCAGUGUAUCGCAGCGACCUAAUUCCAAUUUCGUCUCUUUUCCUGGUGCAUUGAAAAGUUCAUUCACAAGCUCACUCAAAUUCGAAAACCCCGAGUCAUAUCCUGCGUUAUCCACAUAUCGCGUUGUAGAUCAACAUGGAGUGGUGGUGGACGAAGCAUUUAAGCCUGAUAUCUCGGAUGAGGAAGUCAUUCGCCUAUACAAAGACAUGUUGUUCAUCUCAAUCAUGGACCUCAUUAUGUUCGACGCGCAAAGACAAGGCCGACUGAGCUUUUACAUGGUGAGCGCAGGCGAGGAGGCUGUUAGUAUUGGCAGUUCAAGUGUGCUGGACCCAGAGGAUGUCAUGUUCUGUCAAUACCGAGAGCAGGGUGUAUUCAAGGAGCGAGGUUUCACAGCAACAGACUUUAUGAGUCAAUUGUUUGGCAAUGUGCGGGAUCCAAGCCGAGGACGAAGUAUGCCCGUCCAUUACGGAAGUAAAGAGCUACAUAUUCAUUCUAUCUCAUCACCGUUAGCAACACAACUCCCUCAGGCUUCGGGUGCCGCCUAUGCCCUGAAGAUGCAAAAGCUCCAAGAUCCCAGUUCCAAAGCUCGUGUCGUAGCGGCUUACUUUGGUGAGGGUGCAGCAAGCGAAGGAGACUUCCAUGCCGCUCUCAACAUUGCGGCUACGCGAUCAUGCCCUGUUAUCUUCAUCUGCCGAAACAACGGUUACGCCAUCUCAACACCUACACUGGACCAAUACCGUGGCGAUGGCAUUGCCAGCCGUGGUAUCGGUUACGGUAUCGAUACCAUUCGUGUAGACGGCAAUGACAUCUGGGCCGUCAGAGAAGCCACAAAGAAGGCACGUGAGAUGGCUCUUGAAGAUGGCGGCAAACCAGUUCUCAUUGAGGCCAUGACCUACCGUGUCUCCCAUCAUAGCACAUCCGACGACUCGUUCGCCUACCGUGCACGUGUAGAAGUGGAGGAUUGGAAGCGCCGCGACAACCCCAUUACACGACUGCGCAAGUGGAUGGAGGCUAAGGGGAUCUGGGACGAGGCUACAGAGAAAGAGGCCCGAAGCGAUCUACGCAAGGAGAUCCUCAAGGCGUUUAGUGAGGCGGAGCGGGAGAAGAAGCCUCCGAUUCGAGGCAUGUUUGAAGAUAUCUACGAGGAGCUCACGGAUGAUCUAAAGGCACAGAUGAAGGAGCUCAAGGGAAUGUUGGAUAAAUAUCCUGAGGAGUAUGAUGUUGCCGAGUUUGAGGGUGGUAAGGAUAGUUUGAAGCCAUAA